AUGGUGGCUUCAGCUUCAAUCAUCCCAUCAAACCCAACCGCCACCGCCAAAUUUCCCACCACCUCAACCGCUGCCACCACCUCUCUCUCCCCACCCUCCUCCCUCAAAUUCGCCUCAAUUUCGCCAAACUAUCCCUCCACUAAACCCCUCAUUUCCCAUUCUGCUCUUCCCCAUUUCCAACACAAGCCCCUUUCCGCCAUCACUCCCCCCAACGCCUCCACCACUCCUCCUCCCACCGUCACCGCUUCCAUUUUUCAUGGCAUCUGCUACGUUGUCGGCGACAACAUAGACACUGACCAAAUCAUUGCCGCCAAGUAUCUUACCCUGGUCCUCUCCAACCCGGAAGAAUACAAAAAGCUCAAGUCCUAUGCUCUAACCGGACUUCCCUCUUCCUACCAGGCCCGUUUUGUUGAACCGGAUCAAUUCAAAUCGAAUUACUCCAUCGUCAUCGGUGGUGACAAUUUCGGAUGUGGGUCGUCUCGUAAGCACGCCCCGGUGGCGCUAGGCGCGGCAGGAGUGGCAGCGGUGGUGGCGGAAUCUUAUGCGAGGAUUUUCUUCAAGAAUUCUGUGGCGACUGGAGAAAUUUUUUUGUUUUCAUUUUGGGUUUUGGGUGGGUAUUUCUCAUAG